AUUAGAUUAGAUACCCAGUGCGUUAUAUAACAAUGAUAGUGUAACUCUGUACAGUUGUGUCUGUGCUGUGAUAACCACUGUUUUUCUGUGUAAAUAUGGCGCCCGUGGUGUUACCGGUGACGAAUCCCGUGUGGCUGGGCGAGGGCCCGCACUGGGACAGCGACGCGAAGGCGCUCUACUUCGUCAGCAUCUUCGACUACACCAUCAACAAAUAUGAGCCGGAAACCGAACGGCACACCAAGUCCAAAUUUGAUGAGAUGCCAACCUUCAUAAUUCCGGUCGAAGGCAAGAAGAACCGCUUCGUGAUCAGCCAGGGUCGGAAAGUGGUUGAGGUGGAGUGGGACGGCGAGGACAACAGCGCCUCCAUAGUCCGGGUCAUCACCGAAGUAGACAAGGACAACCCUAACAAUAGGUUCAACGAUGCUAAGGCAGACCCGAGGGGCAGGCUGUUCGCCGGUACAAUGGGCCAUGAGUACGAGCCAGGCAAGUUCGACCUGAAGAAAGGCUCCCUGUACCGCAUCGACCCUGACGGCACGACCACCACGCUGGCCACCGGCAUCGACAUCGCCAACGGCCUGUGCUGGGACCUCAAGGAGAAGGCCUUCUACUUCGCCGACUCCUUCGAGUACACCAUCAGGCGAUACGAUUAUGAUGUGGAAACAGGAGAGAUAUCGAACCCCAAGACGGUGUUCGCGUAUAAGGACCACGGCCUGAAAGGCAUCGUGGACGGCAUGACCAUCGACACCGACGGAAACCUCUGGGUCGCCAACUUUGAUGGCAACCAGAUAUUAAGAAUCGACCCUAAGAAGAGCAAGCUGCUGCAGAAGGUCCCGAUCCCCGCGCUGCAGGUGACGUCGGCCGCGUUCGGCGGCGCGCGCCUGGACGUGCUGUACGUGACGUCGGCGCGCAUGGACCGCGGCCGGCCGCAGCCGCCUCCCGCCGGGGCCACCUUCAGCGUCACCGGCCUCGCCGCCAGGGGACACCCCAACUAUAACGUGCUACUUGAUUAAAUUAUCUUAAUUUAA